AUGGCGGUCAGUACGUCUUCAACUGCUGGCAUUAUUGGUGGCAGGGACCCUUUGGAGUAUUCCAAGUCGCAGCCGUAUACUUUGUUCAUAUUCCAGACGAUACUCAUAGUGGUCCUAGCUCAAUUAGUUUACCGUCCCUUAGCUCUCAUCAAGCAGCCCAAAGUUAUUGCGGAAGUGAUAACUGGAAUUCUGCUUGGGCCAAGCGUGAUGGGUCACAUUCCGAAUUUCACUUCAACUGUGUUCCCUACAGAUUCUAUUCCUGGUUUGACAUUGGUCGCCAAUGUCGGCGUUUGCCUUUUGCUAUUCAUGGUGGGAUGUGAAGUUGAUGUUGUGUUCAUCAAAAAAAAUCUCAAGAUCGCAGUUUCUGUUGGCCUGUUUAACAUGGCUGUACCUUUUGGGCUCGGAUGUGCCAUCGCUCUCGGUCUCUGGAACGAGUACAGAGUUCAUGAUGAUAGCUUGCAACCAAUCAAAUUUACCACCUUCAUGGUUUUCAUUGCUGUUGCAAUGUGCAUUACAGCAUUUCCUGUGCUUGCACGUAUCAUCACUGAGCUUGGGCUGGUCAAGGACCGUGUGGGUGUCCUAGUGUUAGCUGCGGGGAUCACAAACGACUUGGUUGGGUGGAUACUUCUUGCUCUCAGUAUCACAUUGGCAAACUCUACAAAAUCAGAAGUUACGGCAUAUAUAUGUUUGGUCACAAUUGGGUGGUGUUUAUUCGUGGUGUAUCCAAUUCGCUAUGCAUUGAGAAAGGUACUAUUAUACUUGGACGACAUCUCAAGUGGGCCAUCGCAACUGGGUACCACAAUCAUCCUCAUGCUGAUGUUUGCAUCAGCUUUCUUCACAGAUAUAAUUGGCGUGCAUCCCAUUUUUGGAGCGUUUGUCGUGGGAACGAUUGUACCUAGGGAAAACAAUUAUGUCAUCAUUCUGACAGAAAAGAUCGAAGACCUUGUGAACAUCGUUUUCGUCCCACUUUACUUUGCACUAGCCGGCCUUAGUGUCAACUUGGGCUUGCUAAACAGGGGAAUUGAUUGGGCUUACAUUAUUUGCAUUAUUGUGGUAGCAAUGUUGGGUAAGAUUUUUGGAGGAUUCGUGGCUGCUCGUUUCUUUGGACUCUUCAAAAGAGAAAGUCUCAGUGUUGGUGUCUUGAUGUCCUGUAAAGGAAUCGUUGAGAUUGUUGUGCUCAACACAGGUCUGAACGCAGGAAUAAUAUCUCAGAAGACAUUUUCGAUGUUCAUUGUUAUGGCAUUGGUGACGACCUUUGUUACCACGCCAUUGACUUUGUUGUGCUAUCCCCAAUCGUACAGAGACUCGGUCCAACGAAGACUCGCUGAACAGGAAGAGAGGUCUGCUUCUUUGACAACAAAAGCAUCGGCCACCAAUGAAUACGAAGAGAUUGUUUUCAGAAGACUGGUGUUGAAUGCCAACAAUGUUGAAAAUAUCUCUACUGAUUUGAUCUUCCUUGAUCAUCUGGCAAUUCCAGAGCGUAUUCCUGUGCAUGCUGUGAAUGUUAAGUCUUUAACCGAGCGUACAGCAGAUUUGCUCUACGCUUCGAUGCUGAAAGGUGAACAAACUGGUGAUAAUUUCCAACUGAAUGCAAUUCUCAACAUCCUCAAGAUUUUUAGCGAAUUGAACUCGCUACAAUUCACAUCUGAGAUUCUGUACAGUCUGCCACAGGACCAGUUCAAAACACUACUUUACGGCGUGUCAUAUUUCAAACAUGACCUGCUCAUACUGACAAUGAGCUUCAAAGAAUUUCAAAGAAACUUGCCAUUGGUCAGCGAAAUGAGCAGAUUGGACAACAAGGAUAACUACAGAUGCUUGUUCAUCAACAAUAAUCAAGAUGUGAGCAUCAAAAGUGAUACUCAAGGGCCUAUGAUUGAUACGAAAUCGCAAUAUUCAGUCGAUACCUUUUUAAGCCCAAAUUCUUUUGAAAUCCGCACGCUCACGCUUACCAUAUCUAAUUCUACUGCUUCGCAACCGGACCUAAUAGCGCUCAAACUCUUCAGUGUAUUUUCUCAGCACAAGGGAAUUGAGGGCACGCGUAUAAUCGUUCACAAAGACAAUGCGAUUCUUGCUACCAUACAAGAAGAUGCUACGUUGACAAAAAAUCCGAAAGUCACCAUAAUCGUCGGUGAGUUUGAUCACGAGCUUAAUGAUGAAUACAUCAGCAAAUCAGCGAAUGACAUGUCAAUCAUCACCUAUAACGAAAAAUGUGAAGAGCUGGUCGACCGCUUAUUGGCCGAGAACAACAAAGUUUUGAUUGUGUACUAA